AUGUGUGUGGAAAGGGUUGAAAUACAUAACACGAUAGGAUAACUGGGGGCAAGAGCUGCCCAUACAAGAGUCGCUCAUCGUGUUUGUCACAACAAGUCGAGAUAAUAUUAAAGGAACACGCGGUCAGCAGGAAGUAACAGCGGAGAGCACGUAUCUGCUCAUGAAUUUUUUGUCUUUUUCAUUUGUUCCGGGAAAAGCUUUCAUAGUACCGCGACAACGAAUCAUUUUUCAUUCCUCUAUUGGGAAAUACACUAAUUACCUUUAUUUUAAAAUUCACGACGCCGAUGAUUACAAUAUUGUAAAUCGUGCAAAGUGACAAUUUGUGGCUGGAGAUGUUUGUUCAUUUCGCGUUGGCUUCUCCUAGACAUUCUUUGGUUCGUUGUGUCUGACAAGUGAAAAAAGGAUACUUAAAAAUGAAGAGUACCCUUGUGCGCUAACGUGCUUUCCGGUUUGGUUGAAGAUCGGUUUGGUUUGAAGAUCGGUUUUCACCGAGCUAGAUAUGCGGAAACUCUCUAAAUAAAUUAUCAUUGUUAAAAAUGAGUUCCUUUACGCGUGAAACCGCGGCUUCAGCGGGAAAGGACCUGAAAUAUGUAGGUACUAAGAAAUGAACUACUUUAUACAAGCCUUUUUUCCGUUUGAAAAUUACAAUCUUCAAAUAAUCUAUUUGAGAAAAGAUUUCUUUUCUUAAGGGUCAUUUCCCUCGAUUUGGCAAGAUUUUACCUUAAGAAAGCAAAAUUACAGUGUCAAGCGCAUGCAGCAUUAACUAUUCCAAUUACACUUAGGUGUUGACCUAAGCCUUCAAACACAGGUGACAUCGCGCGUGCGUAGAUGAUUAGUUAAAACUAACGUCACCAAGGGUGUUAUUAUGACAGCUUAUCUAGACAAGUAAGAUUCGAGAGCAUUUGUAUCAUGAAAAGCCACAGAGGUGGAUUGUAGAACGAUCGAAAAGGACUCAUGGAAGGAGAUGAAUGGAGGACGUUAGAAUCUUGUUCCUGUUAUUUCUGCUCUCACAGAUAUGUUUCCAUGCCGGCGCCACGGAUUAUCCAAAACUCACGUUCGUUGCGAUUGGAGAUUUCGGCGGAAUUCCUUUACCGCCGUAUACCACAUACAUGCAAAAGAAGAUAGCCAAAGUUAUGGGCAGGUACGCCGACCUAAGAGAAGUAAAAUUUGUGCUUGGCUUAGGCGACAAUUUCUAUUAUGAAGGUGUGAAGUCAGUGGAUGAUCCCCGAUUCAUUUCAACCUUUGAGCACGUGUAUACGAACCCUACACUUAAAUCAGCCACGUGGUACAUGGUCGCUGGAAAUCACGACCACGCCUCUAAUGUGUCUGCGCAGAUAGCUUAUAGUAAGGUGUCCUCCCGUUGGCACUUUCCGGAUUUCUUUUAUUCUAAAGUCAAAAAAAGUUAAAGAAUGUGCCGGGUCAAAAAGAUCAGUUGGAAUGGAUCGAGCAAACGCUUAGAGACUCAAGAGCGGAUUAUCUGAUAGUAGCUGGUCACCAUCCAGUGCUAUCAGCUGGUAUCCAUGGCAACACUCCUUAUUUGGUAUCUAAAUUGAAACCACUGCUGGAGGAGAAUGACUUCACAGUUUAUCUCAGCGGUCAUGAUCAUAAUCUACAACAUCUCAAGGAAGAGCACUCUAAUGUACACUACUUUGUGACAGGAAAUGGAAAUUUCUACAGUCCAUUGGAGGGGCACAGGUGGAAAGUACAAUCGUCUCUAAAGUUUUUCAAUGGGCAAACUGGAGCAUUCACUUUACUUGAAGCUACUCCUGAAUUUCUUACGAUCUCACAAAUAAACGAUAGAGGACGACAGGUGUACCAAGCGAAGUUAUUACCGCGGACUUUUUCUCGCUCGCAGAGCUCGAGCGAUGCUGAAAAUACGAUUCUUGACGAGUUCUUCACCUCACAGACUUAAAUCUGCAUUUUCAAUAGAGCUGUCUGGUUGUAAAAAUUUCAACUGAGAGGUUGAAAAAAGUGUCGAAAAUAUUUUGUAAAUACGUAUCCAGUUUAAGUAGUGUAUUUCGACUCGGAUUGUUUUAGAACCAAAGCAGUCAUAGUAACCGAUGAGAUGAGAGAGUGAUAUGACAAGGAACCAAUCAGAACUCAAAUAAAACAUAAGCGCGGGAAAACGAGGAUGAACAAGUUGCAGUGGGCCUAAAUUUUGCAUUUGAUUGGUUGAGAAUGUGGCACGACCUGUUUAGACCAAACACAGAACAAAGCUAAUCAGGUCCAAUUAAAUAACAGUUUUCCUCAGACACUUAAUUAGGAACUGCUCACGUUAACAAGAAGUGACCGAAGUCACGAGGCGGUUAUUUCCGGGAAAAAAAAUUGGAUGAGCGGGGGGGAUGGGAUUUCGGGGUAAGUGAAAUAGUUAUCCUAGGACUGUUAGAGUAUUUUCAAAUUUAAUAUGAAUAGGUGUUAUUAAAAUUACGUUAUGGAUGG